AUGUCCUACGAAGCGUCUGCCGCCGAGGUGGCGGAAGACUACCGUCAGGCCCUUGAAGACUUGACUACCAACGUACGCUUCGAAAUUAGCAAUCUGACCAUGAUUGCAAGAGAGCAGACAGAGCAUGCUCAGGUCAUAUCUGAAGUUCUGCAGGACCACAUCCUGAAGGCUCCUGCACACAAGAAGCUCCCAGCACUUUAUGUCCUCGACUCGAUUGUCAAAAAUGUCGGCACCCCAUAUACUCUCUUCUUCGGAUCCAAGCUAUAUCAGACAUUUAUGGAAGCGUACGCGGCAGUCGAUGGACAGGUGCGCCGUAAGAUGGAUGAGAUGCUUCGCACGUGGAAGGAACCCGUGCCCGGAUCUCUGGACAAGCGUCCAGUUUUUGCUCCGGAGGUGACACAGCCGAUCGAGAGUGCUCUGAUGAAGGCCCGCACUUCAGCUCUUCAAGCUCAGCAGGGCCGUGGGCAACUCGGCCGCGGACGACCUGGUGCGCCAUACCGCGAGACGCCUACGCCUCCCGGCGUGCGACCCGGUUCUAACCAGCCAGGACCAUAUGGCGUGCCGCCUCCCAUGCAGCAGCCCAAUGGCAAUAGAGCUCCGAGCGCGCCGCUCCCGCAUCAUCCGCAGAUGACACCCUAUGCACCUCCCCCAGCGUCAUAUAGCGCUCAGCCGCCCUCAGCGGCCCCCGGGCCCUACCAGCCCCCGCCACAGAUGCCACAGAUGCCACAGAUGCCACAUGCAGCUGGGCUAGCAGGCCCUCCUCAGGCUGGUGGGAUAAGCAUAGACUCUCUGGGCCAAGAUAUCCAGAAGCUGAUCGAUGCAUCGAAGUUGGAGUUUGCGCAGAACCCACAUGAUCAUAGUGUUCAACAAAGACUUAAGGCGUUGUUGGAUGUGCAGAGCUUGCUCCAACACCAGAACUUGCCACAGGACCAGUUGGUCCUUAUAAAGAAUCAAGUAGCUGAUCUUGCUGUAAAAGUGAGGCCGUUCUCGGCCCAGGGUCCUGUCCCUGCUGCUACACCUGUUCCUCAUCAUCCACCGCCCGCUGCUGCGGCGCCUGUAGUACCGCCAUCUGCCCCUCCUCAACAGCCAGGAGGUUUGACACUUGAUUCUCUGUUUGGCCAGGGGACUCUUGCUGCUCUGUUGUCACGGCAGUCGGCUACACCGCAAGCACCGACCCCAACGCCGCCGCCGCCGUUCCCGAACAUGGCGAUACGGUCUCCUCCUCCACAGAGGGCCGAGCCGGUACGGCAGCCCAGCGCUCCUCCAGCCACUGAUCCUAUGGCACUGCUUGCAGGCUUGCGGCAAGCCGGAUUGCUUCCCGGUGGAGCACCGAGCGCAACACCAACGCCAGUGCCUCCAGUUCCCGCUGCGCCAGCUCCGCCUCCGGGAAUGCCGAUGCUGCCACCCGGCUUGUUGCCCCCCAAUAUUGCCAGUUUGCUGGCAGGCAUGCCGCGGCCUCCGCCUCCAAAUCCCAAUCCCAACCAACUUGAUGCUACUGCACUCAAACAACAAUAUCAACCACAUUUGAUUUCAUCACUGUAUGAGAAACUUGGACCUCAAUGCACUCAAUGUGGCAGACGGUUUCAGACAGACGAGGAGGGCAGGAAGAAGAAGAUGGCACACAUGGACUGGCAUUUCAAAGCUCACCAACGGCUUGCGGAAGCGGAGAAACGAGGCCAACACCGUAGUUGGUAUGUCGACAACAAUGAUUGGCUCAAGUCAAGGGAAGCCAUCGACGUCGACCACGUGCCCCCAACAGACAACUCCUCAUCUAGCCCCGGUCGAGAAAAGAAGGAAGCAAAACCCAAGUACAUUCCUGUGCCAGACGCCUCAAGCGGAAUCAACAGCGUCUGCCCCAUAUGCCAAGAGAAGUUCGAGAACAAGUGGCUGGACACUGCACAAGAGUGGGUGUGGCUGGAUACAAUUUUGGUGGGCAACCGGGCAUUCCAUUACAGCUGUCAUGCGGAGGCAACUCAGGCACGGGAAAGUACGCCGGUAUACUCGAGGGGGACGCCCGAGCCGGUGCUUGGCAAGCGGAAAGCCGAAGAUGACCUGAAAUCUCUACGAGGAAAACUAAAGAUGGACGACAGUAAAUGGAAAUCAGAGCUAAAUUAUUAG